AUGCUUCGCCAGGCCGUCCGAGGAGGUGCUCGAUGGUACCAAGUGGUCCACAGCUCAGCCUCUCCCCUGCGCGCUUUCAGCGUUGUGAAUGCGCGGCGACUCGACUUCGGCGGGCCGAAUGACAAGGUCAACUUUUACGAACAAGAAUCGCCCUCGAGCAAAAAUGCGCGGAAAGUCGAUCCCGAGGCCGAAGACAAUGAAGACAAAAAUGAUGUGGAGGGCGAACUCUCAAAACUUCAACAGGAGCUGAAGACGUUGGAAAAGGGUCCUUUCGAACCUGAUGGCGAGUUUAUUCGGAGUCUGCCAGAAGAAGACCGGAAGAUUGCCCUGGAGGCUCUACAGAAAUACGAAGCCGAACGGAAACCGACUGGUCCCGAACCUUCACUCAGCGACGUUUUCGAUGAUGAAUUGGAUCAUAUCCUGAAGGAAGAGUUCGAAGGACUUGCGAACGAGCAAGAGAAUUGGCAGGAUAGCGCCAGAGAGCGUCAAAAACUUGCAUCGCGCAAACGAUCCCAGCAAGUACUCGCGGAACGGCCUACCCAUGCCACCUACUCUCGUUUCGAAGACUCACUUCGACGUUACACAAGAAGAGACACAAAAAGAGCCACGGAAGAACGUACCAGGCAAGAUCUUUGGAAGUCAUAUCGUCGUUGCAAGCAGAGCGUACCGGAUUUUCUUGAAACGCUUGACGAUGACAUGCUGGACUCGCUUUGGGAGUCUCAAUCUACCGUACAAUCGUCGGGGUCUACCCGGUCUGAGCAUCUCCAGAUUCUCGCCAAAGAUAUGAAAUCUGUGGGCAAGAAUCUCGCUAUUCCUCAGAUUCUAACCUAUAUUGAAGCUUUGCACGACGGCGGCGCUGUCGCUCAGGCCCUGGAAGAAUGGGAAGCAUACCAGACGGAGCUCUCACAAAACAAGCAGGACUUGGAGGAGUAUUGGAUGCUGGGCGUUCGGCUUUUCGCGGCUGAGAGCAAUCCACAACGAGCUCAAGAUAUUGCCUUGGCAUUUCUCGCGAACGACCGGUCCCGUCAGCCUCGCGUGCUCAUUCCAGUAAUUACAGCAUGGGCUAGAAUUCCUGGAAAGGACGCUGAGGUGAAAGCAUGGGCUCUCUAUUUGCAACUGAAGACUUUCCUAGGUCCAGACAUGACCAUGGAAGACUACGAUCGAGUGAGUAUUGGCCUGCUGUCUGCGGGCCGCUCAGAUGCCGCCGUGGCUGUGUUCAAAGACAUGAUGGUGACGGGCCAAGAUCCGGCGAACGAUUCGACCUCAUUAUAUAAAUCAGCCCUUGGCCUGGCCGGAAAUCUUCAGGCGUCCAGUAUCGACGAGGCAGCUGUGAACAAGGUAUCGCUGUCCGCGCUGACAAUGCUGCCUCGUCGAUUCCACAACCGUUUCUUCUUUGCGAGCUGGAUGAAGAAGCUUAUCGGCAUGGGCGAAGUCGACUCAGCAGCAAUGGUCAUUGAGUUGAUGUACGAACGAGGUGUUAAGCCUGACGCGAAGCAUCUCAACGGCGUCAUGGCCGGCUGGCUGCGUGAGGGUAGUGCAUUGGCUCGAGACAAAGCAGAGCGACUUGGUUGGUCCAUGAUUCAGCACAGGAUUGACGCCGUCUGGAAAAGAUACCAAGUCGUUGAGGACUCCUCCAAAGUUCAAGUGAACCAGCAGCCGAUGGAGACAACUCGAAUCCCAAAGUUCCUACUUCGUGAUGUGCCACCCGCGACCAUCGAGACUUUCUCUCUUCUUCUCCUCCACUACACUCGACGCGGAGACGACGACAUGGUUAGGUAUCUCGCCAAAUGCCUGAGCGACGCGCACAUUCAGCCAAACUCCUACUUUAUGAAUCACCUCCUGUACGCGGAACUGCGAAAACAAGACAUUCGCGGUCUGUGGAACAAAUUCGAAACCAUGUCUUCAACUAUCCAACCCGAUCUCGAGACCUACGCAUGCCUUUGGGACUGCGCCAAGGUGCAAUACGACCGUGGUCGUACAGCCUUUGACGCCAGCUUCCCCUCGGCACGGCUGCUCUACUCUCGCAUGGUGCGAUGGUAUUCAAGUCUCUCUCCCCGGAGCCAGAAGUUGACUUCUGAGCAAUUCACCAAGGAGCUCUACGACCAGAUCAUCCGCUGUCUCUGCCUCUCCAAGGACAUCCCAGCCACACUCGUCGCUCUUCAUUCACUAAAAAACAUGUUCGGCUACGGGCCAGACGAUGUCACCGCCCGCAUGAUUGUCCUUCAAAUCGCUCGCCUGGCCGGCGUGCCAUCAGAUACCCCAAAACGGCGCCUGCGACGGCUGUCUUCAACUCCCCGGAGUAAAGAGAACAUCAGCCAGGUCACACAACUCUUGGAUAUGCUAGGCGAGCGCAAGUCGCUGGCGCUGCAGUCACAAGGCCUUCAAAUCGAACAGCUCGAUCGGCAAGAGAAACAGCAAUACCAGCUGGAGGUGAUCUCGACGUUGCUCCGCAUAGUGCUGAGUCGAACAGAAGGCUUAGAUCCCGUGCUGGUUGAGGCUAAAUUGAAGCAAGCUGCGACUGACAUGUCGGUCAACCUGAUCGAUCUUGGGCCCCCUCUCGGCGUGGAUGAUAGCAAACUCCUUUAG